GAAACGUGCGAAUAACAUAAUUGAGCCCAGGACUCAUCUUGAAGACAUUCGAUUAGAAUUCUAUCCGAGCACUCAGACUCAAAGCUCACUGCCUUGGGCGAAGUGUUGUGGCUUGCUGCACGAUAACAUAAGCACCUCAAGGACGAUGCCACACAGCCUUGUUCGUUGCAGCCUUGCAACUUUCAACAACUUCUGUUAUCUAUCACACUAUGGAUAUCGUAUCGUCGGCUUCAGCUGUCGUUGGCAUCAUCUUCAGUUUGGCUAAGGUCAUCAAAACUUGUAGUGAUGUCCAGGGCCGCUACCAACACGCAGAUUGCACCGUUAAUGCUCUCAGACACGAGCUUGAGAUAUUACAGGCGGCGCUGCAAGAGUUGGCAAACCUUAUGAUGCAUGACGCCUCUGCAUUGUCUUCGAGAUGGGACACGAGUGCGACUUUGCCGUUAACUUUCAAAGACGCCGUGCUUGGGUUCCAGAGGACGAUCGCUAGCCUAGAGAAGGAUUUUGAGCUUCUCAAGCCUACUGGGCCUACGCUGAAGAAGUCCGAGAAAAUCAACCUCCUUUGGAACGAUGAUGGAUUGAAUAAAUACAAAGAUCAGAUCAGAGGACAAUCAAACGCUCUGAAUUUAUUGUUGCAGGUACUUCAGACGUAGGUCAUAUGAUUUAUUUUGCAAUGGUCUACCUAGAAAAUUGCAGACUGUCGAAGAGGCCCUCGCCAAGUUGUCUUUUACCACACAUACCUCGGUCUCGGUACAAUCACCGAGUUCUCACGAGGAAGGUCAUACACAUAUA